AUGCGUCUGCUCAACGUCGACACUAGAAGGUUGGAGGAAUACUUCAACAAUAUUCCACCAUAUGCCAUCCUGUCACACCGUUGGCGCGAGGAAGAAGUUACUCUGCAGGACCUCGAUCGUCCAGACCACAAGACGAAGAAAGGGUACGUCAAGGUCGACAGGAGUUGCUGGCUGGCCGCGAAGCACGGCUUCCAAUACGUCUGGAUCGAUACCUGCUGCAUCGACAAGACAAGCAGCGCGGAGCUCUCCGAGGCAAUCAACUCCAUCUUCAGGUGGUACGCAGAUGCCUCCGUCUGCUUCGCCUUCCUCGAUGAUGUGCAUACCGACGACUCUCGGCAUGUUCCCGCCACCCAGUUUGAAAGAAGCCUUUGGUUUACGCGGGGCUGGACCUUGCAGGAGCUCCUCGCCCCCAAGAGCCUGAGGUUCUACAGUAGCACGUGGGUGCAUUUCGGCACUCGGUCGUCCCUAGCUGAUAACAUUCACGUCGCCACCAAGAUACCAACCCCGUUUCUUCGGGGUGAGCAGGAUUUCCGCACGGCGGGGAUCGCGGUGCGCAUGUCUUGGGCCGCCAGGCGUGAGACGACCCGGCUGGAGGACAUGGCGUACUCGUUGCUUGGAAUCUUCGACGUGAACAUGCCACUGCUCUACGGCGAAGGGGAGAGGGCGUUCGAACGACUUCAACUGGAACUUAUGAAUCGAACGCCUGACGAAUCCAUACUUGCCUGGAGCCCCUCGCUCGAGGUUCUGCAGAAGAAGUCCUCGGACGUCAUGUUCGAACGGUUCCGGCUUUAUUGGAACGCCAUUCAUAUCAUGGGCGCAGGUUCUACGGGUAGCCAGGAGUUCAUGCAGUACUAUCGCGAAUGCGCCUACGAGCCUUCAUCCCACGGGCUCCUCGCCCGCAGUCCCAAAGAGUUCGCAUGUUGGGCGGGAAUGUCGGCCACGCCCAUGGGCGAAGCUAGAUCUGUGCUGGAAAUGACAAGUCGUGGUUUGCGGAUCACCCUGCCUCUUUUCCGACUCGAGAAGCUGGCCUAUGGCUUGCUGAACUGCCAAAUCGGGACCAAUUUCUCAAAGGUCCUCGCGAUACCCCUUUUCCAGUCUUCUUCCGCCGACGAGUACGUCCGUCCACGCAUACCACCGUGCCUGUUGGAUGUCCCUUGGAAUGUGACGCGGCACAUGCCGCACCACACCAUCUUCGUCAAGAAGGUCGAGCAGGCCGACGGCCCUGAGUACCCAGUGUGGAAUUCGGGCUUCAGAUGUGGAUUCGUUCGGUUCCAGAUCGUACGCGGGCCCGUCGAACUACCGGAGCGGUUGGUGGAGGUCUGGCCGGCAGAGGCGGACAAACGGCAAUGGAGUUGCGUGUGUCCGCUUCCUGACAGGUACCAGAAUUGGCAACGGACGAUGCUACACUAUUCCAGUGGUAGGUACGGGGCCGACGAUAAGUACGACGGGUUUGUCGUCGUUCUGGAACCGCGAAGUUUUGCCCAUGCACUUUUCUCGCUGUGCCAGGUUCCUCCCCCUUUUGUCUGUCACAUCGUUCGCAAGCCCAGAAAUCAGUCACUCAAGGACAUGAUGACGGGACUAGACAUGUCACGAGUGAGCAACGAACUCGUGCUGGAAGACGGUCCUCGUGGAGCCGUGGUAAGGAGACAGUCGUUUCUCAAGCAUGAGAUGUUCACCGUCGAAGUAUACGGCCAUCGAUUUCCGUACUUUAAUCCCGUCUUCAAGCGCAAUGUCUAUGGAAAGGUGGACCCCGACGCCUUGAUUCGCUAUCUCACGCGAGGACUCGGCGUCGGAGGAGCCUUGAGCUUCCUCGCAGGUUACGUCCACGAUAGCUGGGCCUUCAGCUGGCGAGAAUUUCACUUCGUCUUCAUGGCCAUGUCAUCGUGGGGAUUUCUGAGCGACAACGUCGGCAUCGCCGACAUACUCGUGUCGCUGAUGCUGGUGACCGUCUUCUUCGCGCUCCGCUUCAAAGCUCGGCUUGCCGCGCGCGCCAUCCACGUGUCGAGCAGCGACACGACGGACGACGAGGUCGCGUACCGUUACUGGCACCUCGACCUGUCAUUCGUCUACUGCUUCUUGCUCGCGAACUCCUAUGUCUACUACCGAACCUAUCGACACGGGGAAGACCUGAGUGUGGUCCUGGUGCUGCAGCUCUUGUAUCUAACUUCGUGGGGCCAGGAACCUAGGGUCCUGCAGUCGCAGAGUGGGGGGUUGGUCUUCAAGGCUUGGGAGGUGUUGCGUUGGGUCUUGACGUUUUCACCCAUGUUGCUCAUCCCCGCGAUGCUGUCUGAGACGGAAUGGUUUCGAGGGAGUUGA